AUGGCACCCGCUAGCAACGCUCCCGUGGAUCUUGACCCCAGCCAGCUGAUUACACCACCUGGCACCGCCGUCCUCUCCUUUCUUCCGCAGUCUGCAUCUCUCUCCUCCCUCGACCGCCCCGUCAUGCCUCUGCCAAGUCGCUCCAACUCAGAUACUUUCACAGACGAUGGUGCCAUUUCCGCAACUAGCAGCAUGAAUAAUCUUGAUGACUCAGUCGACCCUCAAAUUAUCAUGGAAGCCCUCCGUGGCAAAGAUAGGAUAUAUGUCCUCAAGCUUGGCGAGCAGAUGGAAAGUCUCAUCAAGGACGACCGAAGAUCGACGAUGGACUUGAAUCCGACUACAUCGUAUCACCGUCUUCUCGUCCAUCGCUGCUCCUCCUAUUACAAGCUUACUCCAGAGACCGACUCGACUACCAAGACUAUCUAUGUGCAUAGCACCGUGGAAAGUCGCCUGCCCACGCGACGCAUCUGUGAUCUGGUCCCCGCAGAGCUGCCUGCUCAACCGACUUUUAAAAUCAUGCGACGUGUUACCAACACACGCUCCAAGCCCCAAUCCCAAGCUGGCUCGACAGCGGGAGAGGAGCUUGACUUCUCUGACGUUGAGCCGUCAGAAGCAGGCAGCCUAGGUGGACGCAGUAAUACUACUGGAAGCAGCAAAAAACGGAUGACCAUUGAAGAGAGAGAGGCAGCUUACAAUGAGGCACGGUCACGGAUUUUCAUGGGUUUCGAAGAGAAGGAAAAGGAGAAAGACAUGAGUGCUAGUUCAUCGUCCAUCAGCCUGGCGUCUGGCUCAGCUACCAGCGCGGGAGGCAGCAGCAUUGGUGACAUUGACGACUCUGUGAGCUCGCCGACGACUGAGAUCAGUGAACGAUCGGCCCCUGUCGUACGUGACAAAAAGGAGGGUCGAAGGUCGGGAGGCUCUUCUCGUAGCAUGCGUUCCAACGCGGGUUCAUACUACAAUCCAGCAGGCAGUUCAAGACCAUCGCGAGCCCCAUCUCCCAACUCCGUCAAGUAUCCCUCCAUUUACGAACCUGCGUCUACCGCUGCACCUUACGACCCCAAUUACGCCGCGGCAACCUCUGCACCCUACGGUAAUCACUAUCUGUAUGCAUACCCACAACCGGUCCCCGCUGCGCCUAAUUACGUUCAUUCCUACCCUUAUUAUCCUCCUUAUCAGUAUCCGCACUCGCAGCAAAGCCCGGUCCAUAACUCGGAUCCCUCAAGUCCUGCUGGUUCAGACGUUUAUCCUCACCACCAACAGCAUCCUCCUAAUGUUUACAUGUACAGCUGGCAUCAACCUCCUCAGCAGCCACCACAUACACCUCAAGCAAUGCAUGCCACUCCGCAGCCCCCGCAGCACCAACAACAUCCUCCAAACCCAAUGGCUCUGCCACCAGCACAGUAUUCGACGUAUGUUCAGCAGCCACCAUCCUAUGGUCCAUAUUCAAUGCAGGGAUACUAUGCCCCGCCACCCCAUAUACAGCACAUGCAAUCAUCUCCAGCACCAGCCAUGCAUCCGCAGCUUUACUCCCCAGACAGCAGAUACUCUACCAUUAGCGAGGAGGAUAGCAGGUCAUAUCCAGGCACCGCGAAGCCACCAUCUACGGCACCUACAGCGCCCCCUGCCCGUUCUGCAUGGAGCUUCGGCCCCGGCAUCGGUGGAGGCGGCGGCGUUGUGAACUUGAAUAAUCAACCAAGUAGCAGUGGAAGAGGGGAGAUCGUUGGGCCCCGAUUGAGCUCUUCUAACCGGCGGACGUCUGGAAAUAGCACAACGAGCAGCAGGGCACAGGUUGCUGACGAGGCAUCUUCAACGGCUUCAUCAUCUACAACGUCGUCAUCGUCGCGACGGACAUAUACAUCAACGGCCUCCUCACAGCACCCUCUUCCACCGCGGCCGGAUUGGGCUGUUGGGCUCAAGCCACAGCCCACGCUGCACCCGACGCACCCACGACACCACGACCACUCGAUGAACAACUCACGCAAUAUGUCGCCAGCGCGGAACAAUGGCCAACGUACGCAGCAUACCCCACCCAUUUUACUUCAGGCCGACUUCCCUCCUUUGUCAUCUGUGCCUGCGGCUGAGAAACGUGUUCCUGUCUCAGGCGUGUGGAACAACGCCUCUGCGAACCGCUCGAUUCUCCAACCGGGUCCGAAUUCUCAGAAUGCCAUACCACCAUCCGCAACGGCACCAGCCGUGCUUUCCACAGCAAGCAAUUCUGUCCCUACUCGAGUAGACGAGAAUGGACUUGAUCGCCCGCCGCCCAAGAGCAACCCCGAGCUUUUCAGUCCGAAGGGAAUGGCGAAGCCAGCGAAUGGAGAUUGUCACAUCCACGUGUCGUCGCCGGGCCCUUUCGAAUCAACCACCACUGGCGACGCAGCGGCGAACACGAUUCUUGCAGACAAGGUUGCGGCGAUGUCGGUGGAGGAUAAUGAAUCCUUCAAUUGUGAUUAA